GAGACGAGCUGGCCCUUUAACCCCGUUUCCCAUGAUGCACCGCUGCACGGUUCACAGUCACACAUGUGAGUGAGUUUUCAGAAAGAAAACUAGCAAAGAUGCAGAACGGUAAUGUGAACGGAGAAGAGGAUGAAGAGUAUCAGCUCUUCCUCUCUCAGCACAGCCCCGCUUUAAAGGCGGCGAGAAUCCCUCCGCUUUACUGGAAGAGUCUGCAUUUAAAACUUGCCAAUGAGGUGUUUGAUGCUGGUGAGGUGUUCGGGAUAAUGCAGGUGCAAGAAGAGGACGAGGAUGAAGGGAAUGAACAGAGAGUCAAUCCUGGAGAUGAAGUGGCUUAUAAAGUGAUUGUGACCAGAGAGAGUGGCCUGCAGGCUGCUGAUCCCACCAGUGUGUUUCUUGUAGAUCACGCAUGGACGUAUAGGGUGGAAAGCGCCCGGCAGCAGCUGCUGGAGAUGCCUGGCCUGCUGAUCCGGAUGGCCAGUCUGAUGGGUUCGCCUUUUCAUGGAGAGGCUCCUGAUCCAGACAUCGUGGAUCUGGUCCUGGACAACAUGUGGAAAUACAAUCAAACCUAUCAGCUUUCCCAGGGGUCUGCAGAAGAAAAGGUGCCUGUGUGGUACAUCAUGGAUGAAUUCGGAUCUCGGGUUCAGCACUCUUCCCAGCCAACUUGCUGUAUGGCUCCUCUGUUCUACGCCCCACAACAGAUCGCUUACUCAGUGCUGUGGCCACUGCAAGACCUGGAGAAUGGAGAUGAGGUGUCACGUGAUUUUGCAUAUGGCGAGACCGACUCUUUGGUGAGGAGAUGCCGUCUGUUAGCAUGGCUUCCUGAUGACCUUGAGGAUGUGAGCGAUGACGUCCAAGAACCGUCUGACCUUUACUAUGAAACAAUUCUGCAGGAGAACAAAGAGAAGCUUCCUAUAGACAUCCAGCUUUACUGUGUACCAGAUGGAAAAGUGCUGAAGGUCUACACUGAGAUGAAGCAGGUUUUAGACCAUCUGAAACAUCCACGUUUCCAGUUCACCGAAAACGAGGAAGAAGCUGACAUAAUCUGGGCCUUCUCCCAUAUCCGAGAUUAUCGAAAACUAAGUGAGGCACGGCCUCAUGUCCUACUCAACCAGUUCCCCUGUGAGACUGUGCUGACCACUAAAGACUGCCUGGCAUCUGUGGCACGGAGAGCCAGGGGAGGUCAGGGGGCUCCAUGGCUCCCCAAAACCUUUAAUCUACAGACUGAGCUCCCUCAGUUCAUCAGACAUUACCUAAGGAGACAGGAGAGAGGACUGGAUAACCACUGGAUUUGCAAACCUUGGAAUCUGGCCCGCGGUUUGGACACACACAUCACAAACAACCUCAGCUACAUAAUCAGACAGCGAGAGAGCACCCCAAAGGUGGUGAGUAAGUACUUGGAGGACCCUGUGCUGUUUCUCAGAGAGGAGGUGGGCAUGGUGAAGUUUGACAUCCGCUACAUGGUGAUGCUGCGUUCUGUGGAACCUCUGCGUCUUUAUGCAUAUGAUGUCUUCUGGCUGCGUUUCGCAAACAAACCUUUCUCUUUGGAUCACUUUGAUGACUAUCAGAAGCACUACACUGUGAUGAACUACGCUGCUGAUGUGCAGCUCAAACAGAUUCACUAUGAUGAAUUUAUCCCCAUGUUUGAGAGCCAGUAUCCGCAGUAUCCAUGGAAACAGGUUGAGACGGAUAUCUUUAAAGCGUUUUCAGAGCUCUUCCAAGCAGCUUCCUGCCGCCCUGCUCCAUAUGGGAUCUGUGCAUACCCCUCCUCCAGAGCCAUAUACGCCAUUGACCUCAUGCUCAAAUGGGACCAGACGACAGAAGGAGAGCGUGUGAUGCAGCCUCAAAUACUGGAGGUGAAUUUUUGCCCAGACUGUGAGCGGGCCUGUCGUUAUCAUCCCAAGUUUUAUGACCACAUGUUUCAAACACUGUUCCUGGAUCAGAAAGAACAGUGUCCUGUCACUCAAAUUUUAUGACCAACUUGCACUUAAAUAAAGAUGACUAAUACCCCUUUAA